GAUUCUUAAACCCAAUUCUCAAACGUCCAAUUCUUAAACCCAAGAACUGUUUAUAUUUUUGAACGUUAAUACGUCUAGCUUUUAUUCCUUCUAGCGAUCUGGAAGAAAAUUUUAUGCAAUGGCUUCCGACGGAGAGGAAGAAUUCGACGCGGAUGAUGGGUUUGAAGCCGACAUGGAAGCCCUGAGAAGGGCGUGCCUUUUGGCUGGAGCAAGUCCCAACCGCGCUGAGGCCGAUUUAUCAGACUGUGAUACUACCACCAAUGUCCCGUACUCCCCUGAUGCCGACGAAGGAGAUGAUGAUAUUGAGCUAUUUCGUGAUAUACAGAAUCGGUUUGCACUUUCAUCUGAUGUUCAGGCGCCUUUGGAUAUUAAAGCUUUAUGCUCCACUUCCCCCACUAAUUCCGGGGGUGGGGAUGACGGUGAAGAUGAUCUCGAAGCGCUCCGUGCUAUUCAACGACGGUUUUGCUCAUACGCCGCUGAUGAUGCAAAAGAAGAAUUGGACACGAAGUUGCAUGAGCCUGUGCAGAUGGACAUUACAGUGCCCUUGAGAUAUCAGAAGCAUGCAGUGGUCUAGGUGCUAGAGUCCAAUCUGGUGACUCUUCUUUGUGGAACAAUGUUAGCACUGAAAAUGCAUGUAACAUGCUAGUUGGAAGUUCUAAUUUCCCUCAAUCAGCACAAGCUUUUGUGGACGCAAUAAAGAAGAAUCGAGCUUUACAAAAAGUUAUUCGAAGCAAAAUGAUGCACAUAGAAACAAGGGUUGCAGAAUUAAAUAAACUUAAGGGUUGGGUUAAAAUCUUCAGAGGUUUUCAGGUUUCUUGCCAAAGGAAAACUAGUAUUGCCUUGGCACAGAAAAACGAUGCCCGGGUCCAAUUGAUAUCUACAAUAAGACAAAAGGUUAAUCCAAAGCUAAAUGAGAGAAAGUGUUCUCCCUUGUAUUAUGCACCACCGGAGAAUUCUAAUGUGUCCAGUUAUAGAGAAGCAUUGGCGAAGUUUCCUGUUUCUGUGAAACGAGAAAGGUGGUCAGAAGAUGAAACGGUGAAACUUCUGAGUGGUAUUAAACAACAAUUCCAAGAAGUUAUGUUUCAUCGCUCAGUUGAUCUAAUAAGUGAUGUGGAUGGAUCUUUUGGAGAUUUGACUGAUAUUGACAAAAAUAUUUCAUCAAUAAGAGGACUUGAUAUUACCCCUGAUAUGAUAAGGUUGUUUUUACCCAAAGUCAAUUGGGAUCAUUUGGCUUCAAUGUUCUUGCCCAAACGGACUGGUAGUGAAUGCCAAACAAGGUGGUUAAAUUUUGACGACCCAUUAAUCAAUAAGGGACCAUGGGUGUACAAUAAUCCGGAGGAAAAGAACCUUUUGCGUAUUAUUCAACAAAAGGGGCUCAAUAACUGGAUUGAUAUUGCAAUAUCAUUAGGAACAAACAGGACUCCAUUUCAGUGCUUAGCACGCUAUCAACGGAGUCUAAAUGCUUCAAUUAUUAAAAGCAAGUGGACUGAUGAGGAGGAUAACAAACUGAGAGCAGCUGUGGAAGCUUUUGGUGAGAGUAAUUGGCAGGCUGUUGCUGCUUUAGUCGAAGAGCGGACUGGUAACCAGUGCUCCAAUAGAUGGAUUAAAAGUCUUAAUCCUGCUCGCAAGAGGGUUGGGCGAUGGGCUGCUAAUGAAGAUAAGUGCUUGAAAGUUGCUGUAAUGCUUUUUGGGAAUAAAUCAUGGAAGAAGGUAGCUCAAUAUGUACCUGGACGGACUCAUGUCCAGUGUAGGGAAAGAUGGGUCAACAGCUUAGAUCCUUCAUUGAAUAUGAAUCAAUGGACUGAAGAAGAGGACUUGAAGUUGGGAGCUGCAAUUGACGAACACGGGUAUGCAUGGUCAAAGGUUGCUGCUUGUGUUGCCCCACGUACUGAUAGUCAGUGUAAGAGGAGAUGGCAGGUACUAUCUCCACUUGAAAUUUCUUUGCUGCGGCAGGCUAGAAAUUUACAGAAGGCGGCGUUCAUAUCCAACUUUGUAGAUAGGGAGAAUGAACGACCUUCCCUUAAACCAGAUGACUUUACUUCAGCACCUUUACCCUUAACCGUAUAUCGAUCAGAAACUCGUGGGAAACGGAAGAUAAUACCAAAGUAUGAGAUAGCACCAAGCAAAAUGCUUUCACAUUUCCUAAGAACCACCGAUGCCAUGGAACCUCAGAAUGGCCAAGACAACGUCACUCCAAAAAUUAGAAAAAGGAGGAGGCGGCGAUGUAAUAGAGAAAUGUGUACUGACGAUGGAACAUGUCCUCCUUUUGCUGCGGGCUUGUCAAGCAAUGAUGAUGAACCAGGGGGGGAGGAAUUGGGUGUUGCUAAAAAGAACAGGAAGGCUUCUAAAUUACCUCCCAGAAAGAAAGGAAAAUGUGGACAUGAAGACAUUCCAGAGAUUUUUGCCACAGAUGAGAUGGAGGCAACAUUCGGAGAGGGUGGUAUUAUCUUUAAGAAAUCUACAAUGAAGUCGUCUAGGAAAGGGAAAAAAAAAACUUGUUCGAGAAAGAAAUGCACUGAUUCAUCAUCUAUUGACAGGGUCGGAAAAGAUGAUGGCCAAAGUGCUAGUUUACAUCAUGCUAAAGGCGCGCUACUAGAUACUGAUCCACCAGAGGAGCAUUUCGAUUCUUCAUUGUCGUUUGUAGCUAAUGCUGAGCUGGAGUCUGGUGAUAUUUUGGUAGAAGAAUCUCAUAGCCAUUCAUUACAAAUGAGACGGUUGGCUGGUGAUGUCCUGAAUACUAGAUUUUCUGGAUCUGACAUUUUAGGUAAAAGAAAAAGAUAUGAAGGCAGAAAUGCGGCUCGCUCAAUUGAGCUGGGAAUUGAAGUGGAGGAAGAAGACUCCAUGACUCUUGCUACCUUCCUCCAAAAAUCUGGUAAUUAUAGCAAUCAUUCAGCUCCUGCUACAGUCACUAAACAAAAUUCGAAUUUAAAUGAAAACGGUGUUUCGAUGGAACACACAUUGACUGCUGCUUCAAGAUGCAGUGAGAUCCAAGAGCAGGGAAUUGGAAUUAGACUUGGGAACACUAUUUCUUCUGCAGCACAGGGAGAUAUUGAGGAUGAGAUGCCUCUUGCUCAUUUUUUCAACAAAUUGAAGAGAAGAAGGCUUGAACUUCCGAUAACAGGCAGCAAUCCAGGAUGAGCAGCCUGCUAAUUGCUCCAAUUUUUCAAUGUUUGGAGAAAUUGCUUGAGCCCGCACCAUCGGUAUAAAGUGCAACAACCAGCACUCAGAUUUUGACUACAGUUUUUCUUUUCUUUUUGCCAUAUUUUUGAUGAUACACCCAUAGGUUUCUAAUGUACAGCUAGACUGGGAAUGACAUAUACAAUACAUUUAUUGUGCAAAAGAGGUGAACCAUACGGCUUUGGUUUAUCACGAUGCACACAGCACAUAUGUGUCAUAAAAAGUUGGUCUUUAAUUUACUACUGUCUUUGUAUAUGUAUUUGCUUUGACCAUUGCCGAUUUUAGAGCCCCAUGCCCAUAUCUCGAAUUAGACUCACUGUAUCCUUUUUCUUCUCGGAUUUACGGUUCCUGUUAUGGUGCUUGUUAGCACUUUGCACUAGC